UUCAAACACAACGCCGCCAAGUAACAGCCGCUAAUUUAAUCGAUAUUGCACUAAACCACAUUUUCCGCUAACGUUUUAUAGUAACGCAACGUAAAGUCCGCUCGAGCUGCCGAUAUCUUUCUCGUGUUUUUACAAGCUAGCGUGAGACGGAAGCAGGAAGCCACGCGGUGGACGUGUACUCCACGUUAGCAGUGAGCGGUUAUCACUUCGUGGGCCAUCGUUCAUCGCAGUGUUGGUCACUGGGUUUCUGAAUAACGUUAGUUUACUCUGCAGGGGAUCCGAGAAAACGCUCGUCUUUAUGAUCAUUAUCGUCGUCUGCGCCGCAUAAUGUGACGUUAAACGUCGCGUUGCGGCCUGUCGUCUGCUGUACUAAUGUCAUAUCAACCGGCUGAUCAGCUGACUGAGGAGCAGAUUGCCGAGUUCAAGGAGGCGUUCUCGCUGUUUGACAAGGAUGGUGACGGCACAAUCACUACCAAGGAGCUGGGGACUGUGAUGCGCUCCCUGGGACAGAACCCCACUGAGGCUGAGCUGCAGGACAUGAUCAAUGAGGUGGAUGCUGACGGCAAUGGCACCAUUGACUUCCCUGAGUUCCUGACUAUGAUGGCCAGGAAGAUGAAGGAUACAGACAGUGAGGAGGAGAUCAGAGAAGCCUUCAGAGUCUUUGACAAGGACGGUAACGGCUACAUCAGUGCAGCAGAGUUACGGCAUGUCAUGACCAACCUAGGGGAGAAGCUCACUGAUGAGGAGGUGGACGAGAUGAUCCGCGAGGCUGACAUUGAUGGCGAUGGUCAAGUCAACUAUGAGGAGUUUGUCCAGAUGAUGACUGCCAAGUGAACAGAACUCUGACAUUUCUCUCAACGUUGCUUGUUCUCCUGAGAUCACUGUUUUUAAGAACCACAAAAAAGAACAAUUAUCAGAUGCUAAACCAACUUCCCCCCCAAAUCACUGUAGAAUUAAACAAUUUGCGCUUAAGUACAUCCAAACACUUCUACGGUAUCUGUUUAGCAAACACCAGCAGAAUAAUCCCUAGAGAAGUUAAUGGACCAAGCUUUUAAGAGGGCCGAGGCCCUGUACUUCAGACAAGGUUUCUGCUGAGUCACCUAGCUCCUGAUUAAUUUAGAGGUAGGAGCAACACUGAGAAAGGCACAAGGAUUGGAGCCCAUGUCACAGUUGGUAUAGAGAAAUGGCUCUUUCGUUCUUUCCAAUAUUUAACAAAGAACUCUAGACACUGAAUUGAGUACUCUUCUUGCAUGCACCCUUUCUGUGGCGGCCUCUUGUCACAACAAGGAGGCUCUGAUCAGAAGUAGUGGUCAGACUGUGUACACACUGGAGGUAUAUACAUUACUAUAUAGCUAUAUAUCUGUAAAAUUUCUGUCACUUGGUUAUUGCAAGAGCAAAUAGUUGCGGUGUAGGGCGUUCGCUGGUGCUCGGUUGCAGUCCUAUACCUUGAAGAGUUCAGAGAAGAGCAAGAGGCUGAAAAGUGCUAACUGUGUUCUCCUCUUGGGGGUGAUAUGUCGUCUGGUUUUUUGAGUCGUGGGCUUUACAGCGUGCCUGCAGCACUGAUUGGAGACAUGAUGAUCUGAUAUUGCUUCAGGAGGAUUAUUGAGAAAACAACACCUGCAUUGCAUCGCAGUUAAUAUAUUUGUUCUGCAAUGUUCAGAUAUCCUGUUGAUACAAUAUUGAUGUAAUGCUUUAUAAAUGUGUUCUCAAAUAUUAAUGUAUUAAUGACAAACUUUUGGUCACAUAUAUAUAUAUAUAUAUAUAUAUAUAUAUAUAUAUAUAUAUAUAAUAUUGUAUCGUACAAUUGUUGUGGUAAAUGACCUGUGAUAUGUUUUCCCUUUGGUUUUGAAAUGUGCCAUAAUACUCUAAAACGCCUCAACCUUCUUGCAAGACUCGUAAUUCAUUAGAAUAUAAUUUAUCAACUUAAUAAAAUAGCUUAUACAAGUACAUGCAGUUGAACAUAGUUGCACUUUGGUAUAAACCAUGUGGAUAUUAAAAAGGUUUUGUUGUAGAAAAAGAAACCAAAUGUCACUGUUGCUAUAACAACUCGUAUGUUACACUCACUUCUUGUCCGUGUCGGUGUCUGAUCCAGUGACUCAAUCUGCUUGCUGUUCUACUGAACAAAAUACAUAUACUGUAUAUUCACAAAAACUGUUUGGUGGGCGUGAUGUGUUUUUAAUUUGGGCUGUUCGAGUGGGACUUUAAGAUGGGGAUGAAAUGGUGUAGCAAAGAAUUCAGCUUCAGAAGUGAGAUUGCUUAGGUUUUUGAACAGUUGGCUAAAUUUAAGAAGCUGGUUAGCUGAGGUAUCUUUUGAUAUCCCCAGAGCAUGAAACUUAAAUACUGCUCGGCUUGAGGCGUUUAAAUUGGUUAACCUUUGAUCCGGAUGUCGGGAAGUGAAUUGACUUAACUUCUGAAGGUAUCUCAAAAAUGUAAAGAUGUGAUAUAUUUUACAUAAAUCAAUAAACUGAGCUUUACUUCACCUGCA